UGGCAUACAGCCCGUUGGGGAUCAGCUCCUUUGACCCAGUGAACAUCGCCCCAUUGUUCUUCCAGGUGCCCAAGGAGGAGAACCCGCCUGCAGCAUGAACCUGUGGCUCCUGGCCUACCUGGUGGCUGGCUUCUUGGGAGCCUGGGCCCCAGCUGUCCGCGUCCAAGGUAUCUUUGAGGACUGCUGCCUGGCCCACCACUACCCCAUUGGUUUGGCUGUGCUCCGGCGCGCCUGGGCAUACCGGAUCCAGGAGGUGAGCGGGAGCUGCAAUCUGCCUGCUGUGAUAUUCUACCUCCCCAAGAGACACAGGAAGGUGUGUGGGAACCCAAAGAACAGGGAAGUGCAGAAAGCCAUGAAGUUCCUGGAUGCUCGCAAUAAGUCUUUUGCAAAGCUCCUCAACAACAUGAAGAACUUCCCAGGCUCUCAUGCUGUAAAGAAGUUUAGUUCUGGAAGCUCCAAGCUAUCAUCGUCCAAGUUUAGCAAUCCCAUCAGCAGCAGCAGGAGGAAUGCCUCCCUCCUGAUACCAUCGAAUUCGGGACUGUGAGCCGGGAUCCAUCGGCACAGGAGGGGCUGGAUCUUUCUCCGCUGAAACCAUCACCCUACAGAUCCAGCUGUCCCCGAGCCUGUGCCUGAGUUGGUCCUCCUUCUCCACUCCCACCACCUCCUGCCCCUCUGGCAAUUGAAAAGAGGGAGUUGGCCUGAUUUUAAGCCUUUUGCCACUCCAGGGACCAGCGUCAACCCUGGGCAGGCAGUGGCUCUUGUAGAGAAGACUUUAGAUACUUGUCUCACCUGCUGUUUCUUGCCGCCCACCAGGGCCAUGCCAGUGUGUUCUUCUGGGUCCCAGUGAAGCUCUGGUCAGUUCAAGGAUGCCCCUCCCAGGCUAUGCUUUUCUAUGACUUUUAAAUAAACCUUGGAGGGUGAUGGAGUCA